CUCUCCUUCGCUGGAGAUAUUUUCGGCUGCCGUUCGCGUGAAAUUGAGCUCCUCUUCCGCUUCGCUAGUUCGCGUGGGGUAGAGCUUCGAGCGAGUCAACUGCCAUUGCCUCUCUAGGGUUUGCUUUUUCUCUUAUGCAUUUAUUCGCUGCUGUUCCUCGUGAAGUAGAGUUCUGAACGGGUCCAAGCUUCUUCGCCGCCUCCUCCGACGUUGUUACUGUCGGAUCAGAAGUUGCGCCGGGAGUUCGCCGCGAAGGUAACGAUAUUUCUGCGCUUUCGCGCUCUUCUUUGGUCGGGAUUCUUUUUCCUUCGCGCCACACGAAUACCUUAAAUCCGCCGAACCGAAGGAUUUCGUAAAUCCGGGAUUUACCAGAUAAUAUGGAUGGAAAUAAAGGCGAGACCCGAAAGGAGAGGAGAAAGGAAGUCCGCUUGCAUAAGCGACAGAAGCAGUUUAACUCAUGGCGUGGUCAUCAGAAUAGAAAAAUGGAGAAGGCAAAAGAGAAAAAGAAACAGUUCCUCAAUUCAAAGCCAAUUCCUAAAGGGAUUGCUAUCGCAAAGAAGGAUAAGGGAAAGAACAGCUCUUCAGGAAGUGUUUUCUCUGCAAAUAAUAAAGUGGAAAAGGUUUUGGAGAGGAGGCCAAAAAGCAAGUUCCACGAGUACUUGAAGAUGGAGAUGACCAAAGGUGUUAUUAAUGCAGAGGAGGAUCUCGAGAUGGAAAAGAAGUUGGCAAAGAAAUUGAAGCUAAAGGAAAGGAAAUUGGGCGGUCUGAAUGAUGGAUUAGACCUGUUAAUUGAAGGGAUCACAUCUGAAUUGGGCAGCAAGUUUGAUGGUUUUUCAGCUGCAGAAUAUGACUAUGAUCAGAAUGGCUUGAAAGGUGAGAUGGGAAAAAGGAAGCUUGAGGAGUUAUCUGCAGGAGAUGAGGCUGAUGAGAGUGAGAAGGAGCUUAAGACUAUUAUUGAAGGAAAGAAGCACAAGAGGAGAAAGAUUUCUAAAGCAUUGGUUAAGCAGUUGGAGGAAAACUUCCCUAUUGAUAAUACAAAUGAUGCUGCUGAAUAUCGAGAUGUGUCAAUUGUAGAACUUCCUCAUGAAAAACUAAAACUAGAUGCAAGUGUGAAGUACAUAGCUCCUCAUUUACGUGCUAGCGCUAUGUGUGAAUCUGAAGAGCAUGCACAGAUUCGCCGUAGGGUGAGAGGAUUAUUGAAUAAACUUUCUGAAUCUAACGUGGAGUCAAUUUCAGGAGAUGUGGCUGCAAUUUUUCAAUCAGUUACUCGCAGUGUUGGCUGUCAAAUAGUUGGUAUGGAGAUUGUGGCAUCAUGUGUAGGGGGGCCACGUGGAAAUGAACAGCAUGCUGCUGUCUUUGCUGCUUUUGUUGCAGGCAUGACCUGCUUGGUUGGAAUCGAUUUCAGUGCAAAGCUACUAGCUUCUAUUGCUAGAUCUUUUGAGGAUGAAUACCAUAAAGGUGACAGCCUUUCCUUGCGAAAUCUUACGUUGCUACUAUGUCACUUGUACAUGUUUGGUGUCUGUGCUAGUGAUAUUCUUUUUGACCUUCUUGAUGUGUUGAACAAGCGCUUAACAGAGUUAGAUGUGUCAACCAUCCUGACAAUGCUGCAAUGUUGUGGAAUGAAGCUAAGAGGUGAUGAUCCAAUUUCCAUGAAAUGUUUUGUUGUUACAAUCCAAAACAGAGUUAAUGAAUUGAAGUCUGAUAAGAGCAUCAAAGAAGGGGAGCCAAGGAUAAAUAGUAAAAGGAUGGAAUUCAUGCUUGAGACUAUAUGUGAUAUAAAGAACAACAAGAAGAGAUCAAAAGAGGAUCCAGCUCAUCAUACGAGGAUAAAGAAAUGGUUACAAAAGUUACGAGUAGAAGAUGUUCUUCUUCGAGGUCUCACUUGGAGUAAGCUUCUUGAUCCUCAGAAGAAAGGACAAUGGUGGCAUUCAGGGGAAAUCAGUUCAACCAAGAUUGAUUUUGAAGAAGUGGCAACUACCGUCAACAAGGAGGUGCAAGAAGCUCAAAAACUAGUUCAGCUUGCAGCUACACAAAGGAUGAAUACUGAUGCAAGAAGGGCUAUUUUUUGCAUAAUUAUGAGUGGAGAAGACUACAUUGAUUCUUUCGAGAAGAUAUUGCGACUGGAUUUGUCUGGGAAAAAGGAUAGAGAAAUCAUGAGAGUCCUUAUUGACUGCUGCUUGCAAGAGAAGGUGUUCAACAAGUAUUACACAGUUUUGGCUUCCAAGUUUUGCAGCCAUGACAAAAACCACAAGUUUACUUUACAGUACUGCAUAUGGGAUCACUUGAAAGAGAUCGAUUCAAUGGAGCUGAUCCGGUCGAUGAACCUUGCAAGAUUCAUCUCUGAGAUGCUCUCCUCUUUCUCCCUCUCCCUCUCGCUGCUUAAAACAGUCAAUCUCAUGGAUCCAUUGCAGCUCACUCCAAAAAGAAUUAUGCACUUCAGAAUUCUUUUUGAGGCGCUGUUUCAGAACACUGACGCCCUCAUAUGGAACGUAUUCACGCGAGUGGCUGCUGCUCCCGAGCUCGAAUCUUUAAGAAAUAGCCUUCUCUUCUUCAUUAAGCAGUAUGUGGUGACUUCAAACUCAGAAAAAGCGCUUUCUCAGAAGUUCAGAAUCGCAAAGAAAGCGCUUGAUAACGCAGCUGGAGUUCUCAUGUAACUUAUUUUUCUUGUCCCAUUUUUGGUGCGCUUAGGGUUCUAAUGUUUUGUUUGUCUAUAAAUGUUAGGUUCAGUGUAUUUCCUGUUCUAGUUUAGUUGUGAAUGAAGCAUAGAGAAAACGCUGUAUUUCCUAUUAUUAUUAUUAUUUAAAUUAUAAGAUUGCUGCUAGAAUAUUCAGUUUAUGCUAA